AAAGAACUCAAUCCUGUCUACCACCACCCACAGCACGACAGCACAGCACACUAGCACAACCCGCAAGCGCAGAACACCCGCAGCGGCAACCACAAAACUUUAUCAAAAGAUAACUCUGCUUCUGAGGGCAAACCAAACAGACACAGACACUCACCAACCAACACCAGAAUACCAGCCAUGACUGCCCUCAUUGAUGCUUGCGAGGCAGGAGACCUCGACCGCGUGAAGCGGUUGCUACUGGAGGGCGGUGAUCACACGGACAAGGGCGCAGCAAAGCCAGACGUUAACGAGCGAAACAAAACUGGUGCCACGCCGUUGCACGUGGCGAGCAAGAACGGCCAUGAGGCGAUUGUGCGGUUUCUGCUUGAACAGGGCGCAGACGUCAACCAAACCGACAAGAAUAUGCGUGUGCACAAGGCACGCGGUGUACCUGCUGGUGUUCUCCAUGGAGGACCUGCUGCACCAAGACGAGAGCAAGCGGGCAGAGACGUGGGAGUUUAUGGAGCACUGGCUCUCCUCCCUUCACCUCCACGCCAAGGGUGCACCCGGCCUCAUCGUCGGCACCUUCGCUGAUGUGGUCAGCAAGCGGAAGCAGCACGAGCAGAUCUCACGCGACAUCUACAGUCGCCUGCGCCACAACCCAGCCUUUCCUGGUGUCAUUCACAACGACAAGCACGGUCUGUGGUUCUGGCCCGUUGACAACACCAAGUCCAAUGGCCCCGUGAUUCAGGACCUGCGCCAGACCAUCUCCUCCACAGCACUGGCAGGAAUACGUGAGCCAGGAGGUGGCUGUGCCAUACCUCCACCUCUACGACAAGCUCAACGCCAUUGCCCGCGACGAGAAACGGCCGCUGCUCACGUUUGACGAGGUGGUGAAGAUUGCACGCACAUGUGGGCUGCGUACACGUCGGGAGACGAGAGCCUGCCUUCAGUUCCUGCACCUGUAUUCCAUGGUCCUGUACUAUGACAGCGUGCCUGGCAUGGAGGACUAUGUGAUCCUGAGUCCGCAGUGGGCUGUGGACAUGAUGACGCGCGUCAUCCGCAACUUUGACCUGCAUCGUGAUGUGCGGGAUAGCGAGGCGAGGGCCGUUGGCGCGCAGCUGUGGGACGACCUCGUUGACCGCGGCAUCCUGCACCGUCGCCUGCUGGAAGUGCUGUGGAACGACGUGGACAGCAACUUGGUUGACCCGUUCCUGCACCUGAUGAUGCAGUAUGGGCUGUGCAUUGAGUAUUCCCCACCCAAGCUGGUCGACAGCCGCAAAGCGCUCAUUCGUGCCAACUCCGGUCACGGUGAUAGUGCUGAUGGCAGCGAGGGUGUUGACACACGCGCGCGAGAGCAGCAGUACCUGGUCCCACCCAUUCUGCCGAUGACGAUUCGCCACAACAACAGCGCGAUGGCAUCCGUGUCGCUGAGCACGACAGCAGCACAGCAGGUCAACCCAUUUGUUGGGCACGAGGAGAAGACAGCGUAUGUCGCCUUCAGCCUGAAGCAGUUCAAGCAAAGUGCAAGCGUGCAAGUUGAGCACGCACAGCACGCGUCGUUCCUGCCAGAAGGACUGUUCACAGUGGUGUUGGCGCAUGUAAUGGCGCACGCACAGCACGGCGCAUCACAGGAGCCCAAGCUGAGCCGCACCCACGCCGUCUGCUUCAUGGAGUCGACCAAGCUUGAGCUGCAGCUUGUGCCGGCUGUUGGCGGCAUCAAAAUGAAGAUCACGAGCGCGCAGCCACGGGCCAUGCUGCACAUGCUGCCCACCAUGAUCAGCGAGGCCGCCAGAGAGCGCUAUCCCGAGCUGAAGAGCAACCUGCUGCUGCCAUUCGACGACAAGACGCUGCUGUUCUUCGAGGAUGUGCUGCACCACCACAAGAGCAAGCAGGACAUGUGGGUGGACGAACAACUGCUGUCACCCGAUGACCUGAUCACCAAGUAUAGGCCCCUCCUGCCAGUCCUUGGCCUGCAGGACAAGUACGACGUCUUCAUCAGCUACCGGCAGCGGGCCAGCAGUGGGCUGGUGGCGCUGCAUCCGCGCUUGGAGCAGCGUAACCUGGUUGCGUUUCUGGACGCCAACAACCUGGAGACGGGCCUCAACUUCAAGUUGUCGUUCAUGACAGCGAUUGGGCUGAGCCUGGUGGCCUGCCCCAUUGUCUCUGCUGCCACCAUCAUGCAGAUGAGGCAGCUGCAGCACAGCGACUACUGCGACAACGUGCUGCUGGAGUGGAUGACGAUGCUGGCGCUGCGCGAGUACCAGCGCGCGCAUGAAGAAGAUGAGAAGGAGCAGCAGCACGCCAAAAUCCGCCUCCAUCGCAUUGUGCCCGUGAUUCUUGGCAGCACGUGGCACAACGCGAACGACAGCGGCAUGAGCGGGGCGGAAGCGGGCGAGUACGAUUCACGCGACAACAUGAAGCAGUUGGCGAUGACGCUGCCAGAUGCCGUUAGCAAGCAAACAGCAGCAGCCCUCGAUCAGUAUUUCACGCAGGUGCUACACUUGCCACCGCCACAGCGGCACAAGAGCGUGCGUCAAGUGGUACUGUCCCUGUUUGACAUUGACGCCGUGGUUGCACUGGAUGCCGCUGUGGACCGCAGGUCGCAGCUGCAUGAAAUUGCAGAGAAAGUGCGCCAGGUUGUAGUUUCUGCCAGAAGCGAGGAGCAAGCGAAGAAUGGAGGAGCAACUGCACGGCGAUCCACGCAGUCAUCCUCCUCCUCCUCCUCCUCCACCACCGCCGCAAUCCUUGCUACACCACCUCCCGCCCCUCCAUCCCCCUCCUCCCCCUCCUCCUCCUCCUCCCCAUUUGAGCCAGAGCUGACGGCGUGGCUAACCCGCCACUCGCUGUUGGAACACGUGCAAUUGGCACUUGAAGAGCACGGCAUCCACUCGAUUGAAGACUUGCUCGACCUUGUCACGGAGGACAUUCUCACAGUUAAAGUGCUGAUGGCCACGGGUGUGAAGAUGGGGUGCGCGAACAAGCUCAUCCGCUUGGCAAAGAAGCAUCACGCUGACAGUAGCACUGCGUGAUCAGGAUAUCUGUGCGCCUGCCUUGCCCUUGGUGCUCGCGUGGUUUUCAUCGACUGGCAUUGUGUUUCCCUUAGUUGCGUUUGCAGGGCACCUGUGUGCUGCUGUUGGUCACUGUGAGCGUCAUUGUCCCUGUCUGCUGUGGGCGAGUUUUGUUGUGCACGUGUUACGUUACAACUUGAGGUGCUGUGAAACGUGAGAUGGCGCCAUCUCACAUCACUUCAUCUUUCCACUGCUCUGUUGCCUUUUCCGCCGUUCACCGUGUUGUUGACACCAUGUUGAGAUACCUAGAUGUCGUUGCGUUUGGUUCUCAUCCAUCGAUCAGUUGCUGCGUUUACUUCUUCGUUUACUACUGUUCGCAUACGUGCAGUUGUUGCUGCACAUUACAUUGUUACAACCUCC